AUGGCGACUUCCAACCCGACUCGAGGCGGCGGCGGUAUGGGCGGUGCGCGUCGCGCCUUCCAGCAAGGCCGCAAGCGUAAGGCUCCUGCCACCGAGACGCCUGUGAUCACCCCGGGCCGUAUGACUCCUGUUUCGGCCAUGACCUCUGGCGCCGCUACUCCCAACACCAUUGGCAGCACGAUCGCGUCGGCCGGCACCAACGUGCGCUUCUCCUCGUUCAGCGGACUCAACCCCGAGCUCCUCAAGAACAUUCCCUUCGAGUUCUGCACGGAAGUGCAAGCUGCUACUCUCCCUGCCAUCAUUGCCAACAAGGAUGUUCUGGCCCAGGCCAAGACCGGUACCGGCAAGACGCUCGCGUUCCUCAUUCCGUCGAUCCAGCGCCUGAUGGCCGGCCGCGCUCCCGCUCAGCCGCACACCUCCAUCCUCGUCCUCUCGCCCACCCGUGAGCUCGCCUCCCAGAUUGCCGAUGCGGCCAAGAAGCUCCUCCCGGCUGGCAUGGGUGUGCAGUGCGUCGUCGGUGGCACCAACAUGGCCACCGAUGUCAAGAACCUCCGUUCGGGCCGUGCCGAUGUCCUUGUCGCCACCCCUGGUCGUCUUGUUGACCUGCUCGAGAACGCCAACAUGAAGCCCCGCUUCGCGCAGCUGUCGACCCUUGUCCUCGACGAGGCGGACCGUCUCCUGGACCAGGGCUUCCGUCGCGAGCUCAUCAAGAUUCUCGAUGCCCUCCCCCAGCGCGCCGCUGUCCCCCGCCAGACCCUCCUCUUCUCGGCCACUCUCCCCGCCGAGGUGCACUCGAUCUCGUCGAUUGCCCUGUCGCCCGACCACGAGUUCAUCUCGACCCUCAAGGACGAGGACAUCAACGCCCACAAGCACGUUGUCCAGGAGGUCGCCAUCUCGCCUGCCCACGACCUCAUCGCCACCACUGUCGAGGUCCUGCGUCGCGAGGAGAGCCUCGCGGCUGAGCGCGGCGGCUUCAAGGUCAUGGUCUUCCUCCCCACGGCGCGUGCUGCCGGUCUGUACUAUGACAUCUUCACCGCGCUCAAGACGUCGUUCCCCGUGUGGGAGAUCCACUCGCGCAUGUCGCAGUCGAAGCGUACCAAGGCGACGGACCAGUUCCGCGCGUCGCCCAACGGUGUGCUCUUCUCGUCCGACGUCACUGCGCGCGGUAUCGACGUCCAGGGCGUGACGGGUGUCGUCCAGGUCGGCCUCCCCAGCAGCGGUGAGCAGUACGUGCACCGUCUGGGCCGUACCGCCCGUGCCGGCGCGCAGGGCCACGGUGUGCUCGUUCUUGGCGAGUUUGAAAAGUUCUUCCUGAACGACAAGACCAUUCGCACCUUUGACCUGGCCGCGUACCCGGCCAUCGACCCCGCGUCGCUGCAGGCCGUCCACCAGGCGCUCGCCGGCGCCCUCGCCCAGGUCUCCGAGGAGUCCAAGGCACAGGCGUACCAGGCCUGGCUGGGAUACUACAACUCGAACCUGCGCAACCUCAAGUGGUCGUCGGCCGAGCUCGUGGCCCACGCCAAUGACUAUGCGCAGUACUGCCUCCAGACCAGGUCGGACGGCGGCGAGUGGCGCGCCCCGGGCCUCCUGGCGAAGACCGUCGGCAAGAUGGGUCUCAAGGGCGUGCCGGGCCUCAACGUCGUGCGCGCGCUCCCCAACGAGGGCGGUGCCCCAGGCGGUGGCCAGGGCGGCCGUGGUGGCCAGCAGCAGCGCGGGCCCAAGCCAGACGGUGGCGCUCAGAACAGGCAGCAGCAGCCCAGGCAGCCCAGUGCGGCCGGUGGGCCCGGUGGACCCGGUGGUGGUGCUCGUGGCGGCCGCCCCCAGCGCGGCGGUCGCGGCGGAGGCCGUGGUGGUCGUGGAGGAGCCGCUGGCGGCGCGCCCCGCGGCGUGCCCGGUGCCGGCGGUGCUGGCGCACCCCCCGCGAACAACACGUUUGGCGGUUGGUAA